AUGGCGCCAAUGUGUUCAUACACAAAGUGUGGUUUACACUACAAACUUACCGUAUUGAAGGAUAAUUUGUUGUGAUGUGUAAAAUAUUAAGUUUUAUUCAUUAACGUGAUAUGGCUCCCACAAUUCAAACAAAUGGCAGUACAACUGACAGGGACAAACGUACAGCUAGGCCGGCGGAGAAAAGGUCCGAGUUAAUCUGCAGGGUUAAAUAUUGCAACACAUUGCCGGAUAUACCAUUUGAUCCAAAAUUUAUUACAUAUCCAUUUGAAUCCACUAGGUUUAUACAAUAUAAUCCAACCUCCUUGGAACGAAAUUAUAAAUAUGAAGUAUUAACAGAACAUGAUUUAGGAGUAGAGAUAGAUCUUAUAAAUAAAGACACUUAUGCUGGAGAUGUUAAUGCUCAAUUGGACCCUGCUGAUGAAAAAUUACUGGAAGAAGAUGUUCUUACUCCACAAGACUCCAAAAGAUCCAGACAUCAUGCUAGGAGUGUUUCUUGGCUUAGGCGUACAGAAUACAUUUCUACUGAACAAACAAGAUUUCAGCCACAAACUGUUGAUAAAGUUGAGGCUAAAGUCGGUUAUAGUAUUAAGAAGAACUUUAAGGAAGAAACAUUAUACAUGGAUCGCGAGAGUCAAAUAAAAGCUAUUGAGAAAACAUUUGAAGAUAACAAAAAAUCAAUUGAAAGACAUUACAGUAAACCAAACGUGGUACCUGUUGAAAUUUUGCCUGUAUUUCCAGACUUCAAGCUAUGGAAGUAUCCUUGUGCUCAAGUCAUAUUUGAUUCAGAUCCUGCUCCAACAGGACGUUCUGUGCCAGCUCAAAUUGAAGAGAUGUCUCAGGCUAUGAUUCGAGGUGUGAUGGAUGAAAGCGGUGAACAGUUUGUUGCAUACUUUUUGCCAUUGGAAGAAACAUUGGACAAACGUAGACGAGAUUUCACGGCUGGGAUUGAUUACGCCGAUGACGAAGAGUACGAAUACAAAAUGGCCAGGGAAUAUAAUUGGAAUGUUAAAAGUAAAGCUUCCAAAGGAUACGAGGAAAAUUAUUUCCUUGUUAUACGACAAGAUGGCGUAUAUUAUAACGAGCUUGAAACGCGUGUGCGCCUUAGUAAACGUCGUCAAAAAGCUGGACAACAGCCAAACAAUACGAGAUUAAUUGUCAGACACAGACCACUUAAUGCUAAUGAGUUUAAGAUGCAAAGAUACAGAGAGAAACAAUUGGAACCGCCUGGAGAAGAAGAUGAAGAGGAAGAAGAGGAGGAAGAAGAGGAGGAAGACGAAGAACCACAGCAAGAAGCUGAGAAAGCAGAUGACAAAGGAUCCGAGAAUGAAGCUGGAUCCAGAGCAUCGUCCAGAGCGUCUUCUCGAGCGUCCAGCAGAAAAUCCAGAUCUCGUUCGAAGUCUGCAUCCAGAUCAAAGUCUCGAUCUCGAUCGCCGUCGAAAUCCAGAUCUGCUUCUCAUUCACGCUCUGAAUCACGAUCACCAUCUAGGUCACGUAGUAAAUCAAGGUCGAGAUCGGGUACACCACAGUCAAGAAACUCUUCUAAAUCGAGGUCCAGAUCAAAAUCAGCCUCUAGAUCUCGUUCUAGAACUCCCGCGAAAUCUCGAUCUGGAACUCCAUCGAGUACAAAAUCUAGAUCGAAGUCAAGAUCUCGGUCAAGAUCAAGAUCAGUAUCGAGAUCCAGAUCCAGAUCCAGAUCAAGAUCGAGGUCCAGGUCGAGAUCAAGAUCAAGAUCGAGAUCGAGAUCGGGUAGUGGUAGUGGCAGUGGGUCUGGUAGCGGCAGCGGUGAAAGUGCUGUGAUGCAUGUUACUACGAUGCUACGUAAACAGUAUGAUAAAACGUAA